CUAAUUUCUUGGCACGCGCAAUUUAACCAUCGUCGCUGAAUGUAAAUAAAUGGCUUUGUCUGUGAAAAGUUUUCAUAAAACUACGGCGGACUUCUAUGGACUGGUUAAAGUGUAAAAAACCGUGAAACUAUGGAAAAUGCAUAACUCGGUGGUGUCGAAAUUGCUGCUGCGACUGCUGGUGCUGUUCGCCUUGGUAACAGCCGCCUCCAUUGUGGUCCUCACAAAAUGUGGAUUCGAUGAACUGACGGAUAAGGAAACCCAGCCCAAUAAUCCCAGCGAAUCCAGUGGAUUUAGCUACGCCUUAAGUGAAAGGGAUGCUGAGAUAGAGCGGCUAAAACAGGAAGUCUUGACUCUACGAGCUCAAAUUAUAUUUCUGCAGAAUAAUCGAAGUUCAGGAAAGCAAUCCAAUGGUAGUCUUCAGUUGCAAGAGACCACAGUGGGUCCACCAACUGCUCCACUGGGUCACCAUUACGAUUGUAGUAGCUAUAUCCGGAAGCAAGUGGGAGCCGCAGAAAUUCUCCAUGGGCUGCCGCUGAAUAAUGAGUACGAGCUGAUACCCUACAAUCACUUCACCUUCACCAGGGUGUAUCCCAUUGAUUUGGGACUGGGUAAGCGGGUGGUGGAGAAACCCAUAGGUUAUCGAAGACGUGAUCUCAUCGAGUCGGUAAACAAAGCUUUGGAAAGCCUCAAUCGAAACCAUUCAGCCAGGAUACGAGCAAAGGGAUCUGGUUCUGCCGGAGGUUACCCCUCGGAUGUGAUCAAGUACACCCUGGAUGAUUUUAUCGAGGGUAUAUAUCGCAAUGAACCCACCACAGGCACUCAGUAUGAGCUGUAUUUCCAAAGUGUAAAGCACCAGGCGAGUCCUGUAAGGAGAGCCCUGGUCAUGCGACCCUUUGCUCCCCUCCAAACUGUCCAACUGUCGGAGUUAUCCUUUAAUGUGGAUAAUGGUAGUUCCCAGCCAAGUCACAGUCCACCUGUGAUUCAUGUGAUACUACCCUUGGCUGGACGUCUGCAUAGCUUUCGCAGUUUCCUACAGAUGUUCGCCAAACUCGAGGAUCAGCGAUUGGAGCUCAUAGUGGUAUACUUUGGAACCAGUGGAUUGGCGCAGGCUAAGAGGCUGGCUGGAAGAUCUCAAAGGACACAGUUUCUGGCACUCAAUGAGACUUUUAGCAGGGCCAAAGCUUUAAGACUGGGAGCGGAGCACAUCCAACCUGCAGGCGAGGACGUUCUGCUCUUCAUGUGCGAUGUAGACAUAAUGUUCACUACAAGAUUUCUGGAGCGUUGCCGUUGGAAUGCUGCUCCAGGAAAGAAGGUCUACUACCCAGUGGUAUUCAGCCUGUAUAAUCCCCAUGUGGUAUACUCGCUGCAGGGCAAACCCUUGCCCGCUGAAGAGGAGCAGCUGGUGAUCUCUAGGGAUACUGGUUUCUGGCGGGACUUUGGCUAUGGCAUGACUUGCCAGUACCGCUCGAACUUCCUGCAGGUGCGGGGUUUUGACGAGGAGGAGAUCAUAGGCUGGGGCGGUGAGGAUGUGAUGCUAUACCGAAAGUAUGUUCGCUCGAAGAUUAAGAUCAUCAGAGCCACAGAUCCGGGAAUCUUCCAUAGAUGGCACACAAAGAUAUGUUCUAGUUCGUUGACUGCCGAUCAGUACCGCGCUUGCAUUAGAUCGAGGGCUUUGAACGAGGCCUCUCAUGCUCAACUUGGAUUCCUGGCUUUCCGGGAUGAUAUAGCCGCUGCUAGUGCUGCCAAAAUGCUAUCGUGAUACUCGACUAUACUUGAUGUAUCUCUAAUCGCUUGGCUUUUCUAUCUUAAGAAGGAAUUUCAAGUGUGUGUGAAAAGGAUUGCAGUGAUAUAGUUUAAAUAUUAAGGAGUUACUACUGUACUAUGUUUAUUUCUUAAAUUCAUAGUUCUGUCAUCAACCCAUUGGAUACAAAUUUUAGUUCAUUUCAUUUGAUAAAACUUCGAUCAGUAAAGUAUUACUUAUUAAUAGGUAAAAAUGCAUGGUUUUAGAUGGAUAACAAACAUAUUUGUGAUAUUUACUUCUUAUUUAACUUUUCUAAUCUAAGUUAGAUAAAAUUCUUUUAAAACCAGCUUUUAGUUAGCCCUCUUAAGUUAAUCAUAACUUAACCAUUACGUGCACUGCCAUUAUUUCACACAUGCUAACACUCAUACUUGUAGGCUAUGAAGUAUGUACAACUUGAGACAAUAACUCGUAUUUAGCAGAAUCGUUGAAUUAGCUUAAUUGUUGAUCUUGUUGCGUCCUCGAAAGAGACACACUCUACACACACUCUAAACACACCCACACACACACAUCACAAAUUGUUCUUCCAUGAAGCAAACUAGAUGCAAUCUCCAAAGCCCAAGAAAAAGAUAUACAUACAUAUAUAUAUUUACGAGUACCAUAUCGAAUCUGUAUCUCAAACUGAGCCUAACAAAUCUGCCAGACUGUUGCGCGCUUUGUAAAAAACUAAAUUAAAUCGUUUAAUUAAACUUGUCGCCUGGUUGUUGUUUUUUUUAUGUU